AAGCUACGUACGGGAUGCGGUUGGUGGCGGGGCCGGGCGGCUGGCCGGCCGGCGGAACCGGUAUGGACCGUGCAGACAGACGCUAGAUCAAGGCGACGUCGACAGGGACGGCUGGCAAGUCAUGAAAGCUAUUUGCAAUCCAGGUAGAUCUAUUGCAAGAGGUAUUCUACUACAGCACCAUCUCCAGUCACGUCCACUCUGGGGGAUGUUAAAUGCUGUUUUCAAUCAGGUAGACCGAUCCAGAAUCAAAGAGGUAGGUCCGGACCGAGCUGCAGCAGAAUGGUUGUUGAGAUGUGGAGCAUCUGUGAGGUUCAAAGAUUUCGAGAGGUGGACAGAAGAUUACAAUCUUUUGCCGACUGGAGGCAGAGACAAACUCAAGAUUGUUGAAGUUGAUGCAACAGAUUCAUCGAUCAUGCACAUUGGUUUUGAACACUUUGAGGGAAUAAAACACCUUCGAUAUCUGAAGCUUCACCACUGCACCUAUCUACAGGACAUAUGUGUCUCCAAGCUAGUGCUUCUCAAAGACUCUCUUGAAGAACUUCAAAUAAGCAGCUGUGGUGAUGUCACAGAUAAGGGGCUUGCAACACUCAAUCACCUUCAUAAACUGGAGAAGUUGUUUCUGUGUGACCUCCCAGCUGUGAAGGACAUGGAAGGGAUCAUUAAGAUUCUUGGAUCAGCUUUACCAAACUGUGAAAUCAGGUUUCUUUCUCUGGAAGGACUCAAAGAUUUAAAGAGACUUGGUAAAGAUAAUAUCAGAGAGACUUUCGAUACAUAGGAGAUUCAUAUUUCCUAUGCAUAUCGAGUGUUUUGUUUCCAGCCCAGGAGAUGAGUGGUCUCAUCCUGCAUGAGGACUUGGAUUGACUUCCCAACAGGAAGGGUUGUUCUUCCAUGACUAGUUUGGCAUUUCUUCUGUGAAGGACAAGGCCAAGCAAUAUUCUCAGAUCAGUCUGUCUAAACUGAAAUAAAUCUCAUUUUUGAAGGGUUUAAAUCUAGAAACUUUAUUACUUAGAACUUUAUGACUGGGAGAAUAGACUUAGUAAAAGUUGAGCACUGCAGAGAUACCAAGUUCAAACUUCAAAGGCAAGCAAUGUGUGUGCUUUUAGGUGGGAAAUCCUUACUCAAGAGUCGUUGUGUAUAUUAUAAUGUAUUUGGAGAUUUACACAAGGAAGAUUAUAGGGGAUGAAAGGGAACUUGUAAGAUGGAAGUCACACACCUUAUACAUAACUGAUCACUGAUUUUCACUCGAGCAAUUCGUUGGUAAAUUCAUAUUGUGAGGACGUAAGUGAAAAGCCUUAGUUAAUCUUAGUAACAUAUUUUUUUUAUCACUUUCUUGGAAUUGAAAAACUAAUUAAGAAAAAGAAAUAUAUGAAAUAACAGAAUCGGCCAUACAUGUAGAAAUCUGUCCAAAGCAAUUUGGGGAAUCUCAAUUAGCACGAGAAAGGAUCAUCCGUCAUGCUUAAAGUCACGCAUAACUUACCAACAGCUUUUUGAAACACCAGCCAGGUAAAUGACAAAGGUAAAGAGCUCAGGCAAAUGAUUAAUAACUGUAAUGGACUAACAAGCUUGCGUCUUUCCUUGUUAAAUGAAACUUCCUCUGUUGCUUGAUUUUUGACAACUUUACAAUCAAAAGUUUAAUGAAAUUUCUACAAAAUAUUCUUUAAAAGUUCACUAACCUUUAAUAUUCAUUUCACGCAAUGAAGUUCAAGUAUAAAGAGGUUCUCAAGACCAUAAACUGUUCUGUUAUAACAGAAGAAAUUGUUAUUAUUUCUUGUUUUAAUGGUAAUUUGAAGACAAAGUUCUGGAAUUAGGAAUACAGGAUUAUCAGGAGUGAUGUUUGUCUAUACCAUUUUAUACCAUUAAACUUUAUUAAACUGUU